UAGCAUUAGGCGCGCUGCAAAAUCAUUUAGAUAGUAAAUCGGCCAGCUAGCCGUGUCGCUCUUUCGAACGGCAAGUGAGCCUCGGGGUGGUUUAACUUAAGAAACAAAUUCAGUGGUGGCGCCUCGGAUAGUCAUUUUUGCCAGUAAAAUCAGGAAGAGUUGAGCGCAGGAAGCUAACGUGCUUGUGCCCUCGUUGUGAUGGCUAGCACGCUAGCAGCUAGCUAUGUGGGAGGGGUUAUUCUUCCCGGGAGAGCGGUUUUCUGGAUGGAGGGGCUAUUAUAAGAUCUCUAUGCCAGCAAUUAUGACAAUGUUAGCGGACCAUGCAGCUAGACAGCUGCUGGACUUCAGCCAGAAACUGGACAUUAACCUGCUGGACAACGUGGUGAAUUGUCUGUACCAUGGAGAAGGGCCCCAGCAAAGAAUGGCGCAGGAGGUGUUGACCCAUUUGAAAGAGCACCCAGAUGCAUGGACGAGAGUUGACACCAUUCUGGAGUUCUCGCAGAACAUGAACACCAAAUAUUAUGCACUGCAGAUUCUGGAAACGGUUAUUAAAACGAGAUGGAAGAUUCUUCCCCGCAAUCAGUGUGAAGGAAUAAAAAAAUAUGUUGUUGGUCUUAUUAUCAAGACCUCGUCGGAUGCUACGAAUGUAGAGAAGGAGAAGGUGUACAUUGGAAAGCUCAACAUGAUCCUGGUCCAGAUCUUGAAGCAGGAGUGGCCGAAGCACUGGCCGACCUUCAUCAGUGACAUCGUGGGAGCCAGCCGCACCAGCGAGAGCCUGUGUCAGAACAACAUGAUCAUCCUCAAGCUGCUGAGUGAGGAGGUCUUCGACUUCUCCAGCGGCCAGAUGACGCAAGUCAAGGCUAAGCACCUGAAAGACAGCAUGUGCAAUGAAUUCUCGCAGAUAUUCCAGCUCUGCCAGUUUGUCAUGGAAAACUCGCAGAAUGCCCCACUGGUCCAUGCCACACUGGAGACUCUGCUGCGGUUCCUGAACUGGAUUCCCCUGGGUUACAUAUUUGAAACUAAACUCAUCAGUACACUUGUGUAUAAGUUUCUGAAUGUGCCCAUGUUCCGCAACGUGACCCUGAAGUGUCUGACGGAGAUCGCGGGCGUGAGCGUGAGCCAGUACGAGGAGCAAUUCGUCACACUCUUCACUCUCACCAUGAUGCAGCUGAAGCAGAUGCUACCUCUGAACACUAACAUCCGCUUGGCGUACUCCAAUGGCAAGGAUGAUGAGCAGAACUUCAUCCAGAACCUGAGCCUCUUCCUGUGCACCUUCCUGAAGGAGCAUGGCCAGUUGAUCGAGAAGAGGCUAAACCUGAGGGAGACCCUGAUGGAGGCUUUGCAUUACAUGCUUCUAGUGUCAGAGGUAGAAGAAACGGAGAUCUUCAAGAUCUGUCUAGAGUAUUGGAACCACCUGGCAGCAGAGCUGUACAGAGAGAGCCCCUUCUCCACCUCCACAUCCCCACUGCUUUCUGGGAGCCAGCACUUUGAUGUGCCCCCCCGCAGACAGCUCUACCUACCUGUGCUCUCCAAGGUCCGUCUGCUGAUGGUCAGCCGCAUGGCAAAGCCUGAGGAGGUGCUGGUGGUAGAGAAUGACCAGGGAGAGGUAGUCAGGGAGUUCAUGAAGGACACCGACUCCAUAAACCUCUACAAGAACAUGAGGGAGACGCUCGUGUAUCUCACACACUUGGACUAUGCGGACACGGAGCGAAUAAUGACAGAGAAGCUACAUAAUCAGGUUAACGGCACAGAAUGGUCCUGGAAGAACCUCAACACUCUGUGUUGGGCAAUUGGAUCCAUUAGCGGGGCUAUGCACGAAGAGGAUGAGAAGAGAUUCCUGGUGACCGUCAUAAAGGACCUCCUGGGACUUUGUGAACAAAAGCGGGGCAAGGACAACAAGGCCAUCAUCGCCUCCAACAUCAUGUACAUCGUAGGCCAGUACCCUCGCUUCCUGCGGGCCCACUGGAAGUUCCUGAAAACUGUAGUUAACAAGCUCUUUGAAUUCAUGCAUGAAACCCACGACGGCGUACAGGACAUGGCAUGCGACACCUUCAUCAAGAUUGCACAGAAAUGUCGGCGGCAUUUUGUCCAAGUGCAGGUGGGCGAGGUCAUGCCCUUUAUUGAUGAGAUCCUGAACAACAUCAACACAAUCAUAUGUGACCUUCAGCCUCAGCAGGUCCACACGUUUUAUGAGGCUGUGGGCUACAUGAUUGGGGCUCAGACGGACCAGGCUGUCCAGGAGCAUCUUAUAGAGAAAUACAUGCUCCUUCCUAACCAAGUGUGGGACAGUAUCAUUCAGCAGGCAACUAAGAACGUGGACGUUCUGAAGGACCCGGAGACUGUGAAACAGCUGGGGAGCAUCCUGAAGACCAACGUGCGGGCGUGCAAAGCUGUCGGCCACCCCUUUGUCAUUCAGCUGGGCCGUAUCUACCUGGACAUGCUCAACGUGUACAAGUGCCUCAGCGAGAACAUCUCCGCUGCCAUCCAGACCAACGGCGAGAUGGUCACGAAGCAGCCUUUGAUAAGGAGCAUGCGGACGGUUAAAAGGGAAACACUGAAGCUGAUUUCGGGCUGGGUUAGCCGCUCCAAUGAUCCACAGAUGGUCGGUGAGAACUUCGUACCACCGCUCCUGGAUGCCGUCCUCAUCGACUAUCAGAGGAAUGUCCCAGCAGCCAGGGAGCCAGAAGUCCUCAGCACCAUGGCAACCAUCGUCAACAAACUGGGCGGACACAUCACUGGGGAAAUCCCGCAGAUAUUUGACGCAGUGUUUGAGUGCACCUUGAAUAUGAUCAAUAAAGACUUUGAGGAGUAUCCAGAGCAUCGAACACACUUCUUCUAUCUUCUGCAAGCGGUCAACUCUCACUGCUUCCCAGCCUUCCUGGCCAUUCCUCCAGCGCAGUUCAAGCUAGUGCUGGACUCCAUCAUCUGGGCCUUCAAACACACCAUGAGGAACGUGGCGGACACUGGUCUUCAGAUCCUCUACACUCUGCUCCAGAACGUGGCCCAGGAGGAGGCUGCUGCACAGAGCUUCUAUCAGACCUAUUUCUGUGAUAUUCUGCAACAUAUCUUCUCUGUUGUCACAGAUACAUCUCACACGGCUGGUCUGACGAUGCAUGCAUCGAUCCUUGCGUACAUGUUCAACCUGGUAGAGGAGGGGAAAAUUAGUACCACGCUGAACCCCACGAACCCAGUCAACAACCAAGUGUUCAUCCAGGAGUACGUUGCCAACUUACUCAAAACUGCGUUCCCACACCUGCAAGAUGCCCAGGUGAAGGUAUUUGUAACAGGGCUGUUCAGCCUAAAUCAAGAUAUUCCUGCAUUCAAGGAGCACCUCCGAGACUUCCUGGUGCAGAUAAAGGAGUUUGCUGGUGAGGACACCACGGACCUAUUCCUGGAGGAGAGGGAGGCCUCGCUGCGGCAGGCCCAGGAAGAGAAACACAAGCUGCAGAUGUCCGUCCCUGGGAUCCUGAACCCCCACGAGAUUCCGGAGGAGAUGUGCGACUGAAGGUGGAGUGUCCCGUCAGUGAAAACAUUCAGCAGCGGUGGGGCAGGAUGGGGGCCAGGCCCCGCCAGACUCAGCACCUGGGUGUUUGUCGACCAAAACAAUGCCAAUAUGUAAAUGAUACUGUGUCACCCGGGGCCCUUUUUACAUAGUAUGCGUUUUAUAUGGAGAUUUUUUGUGUAAUAUCUUUCCAUUGUUAAUUCAAGUUUAUGUUUGGUCAUCUUUAUUUAGAGCUGCAUGAGGUUGUUAAGGAUUAAAGACAUUUUAACUUCCCUCCUUCCCCUCCCCUUGCCCGUUUCUUUGUUUAUAUACGGUAUAUAAGAGGCAGCGCAAAUGUCUUGUGAGACGCCCCGUCUCCAGUAGCCCAUGUGAAGCGUCGGCUUCUAGCCGGACUGCAUGGCCUGGGACGGAGCGGAGCCGGCAAGUGUGUCCAGCAGCCGCUCCUAUUCGCACUGCAGGAGAAUGUGAAUUUUUGUAGAUUAUGAAUGAAGGUCUGAAUGAUGCUGCUUCCCCCCCAGCCCACCCCACCCCCUUUUUGUCUGUGGUGUCAGGGCACAGGCGGUUGCGCUUGGCUAAACCCUAUCCGUGGCUCAGCAGCGAGGUUUUUUUUUUUUUUUUUUUCUUCUUUCCGCGGCAAGAUAAUGUGCAUAUCAUCCCUAAUGUAAAGCAAGUUUAAUACCAUGGGAACAUAAAGUUGUUUAUUUUUCCUUUUUUUUUUUCUUCCUUUUUUUUUCGUGGGCGUGUGCGCGUGCGUGUGCUGUCGCUUAGCCGACAUCAGGUUUUUGUUUUCCUCAAUGAGGAUUGUUGCUCAUUUGUGAGCCUUCAUUAAAUCGAAGUUUUGAGAAAGUGGUUGAAAUAUUUAUGGGUUACUGUCGGCUGCAUCUUUAUAACUCAUGUUAAUUCUGAUGGCUUUCAAGAUUGAAUUGUACUAAUUUACAUUGUUUACCAUGCUGUAGUGCUUCAAGAACACUACUUAGAGCAAAAUAAACGUGGUUUACAGUUAA